AUGCCCCUCAUCCCUGACGAUUCGAAUCAUGUGUCGCACCAUAUCUUUUCAGCUCCACCAGAACGUCUCGUCACUAGAAGCACCCCGUCAUCCACGGUCCACAGCCGCGAAACGUCCACAGUUAGGGGAAUUGAUUCUGCUGCCUUGCCCGCCUCGACUUUACAGCCUCAGAACAACCGCCGCGGUGCAUCCCACUCAAAAAGUCCCGAAACAAUCGCUGGACGACCCGGUUUCGGAUAUGAUGUUGGUCUGGAGAGGCGGCCGUCCAACUCCUAUGGUCACCACCGUCAAACCUCGAUCGUACACGGGAUCCAGCACUCGCGCAACCCGAGCUUUGCGCCUUCGACAACGUCCAGCAGCCCUCUGAGCCCCGAGUUGAUCGCAACCCUGGGUCGCGGUGGCGCUAUCGAACCGGAAGGGGCCGGACCAAGUCGGACAGAGCAGCCCAGUAUGCUCGCCAAUCUCCAGCACCAAGGGAGCAACGGAACGAGCACACAUUCACAAGGGACCCUGAGUACAAUAGAUGAUCGGGAUGGCGACGACGUUGUUAGCGGCAAUCUUGCGGCUGCAGUGCACAGGCGGAUGAAUUCCAAUGGAAAGCCUAAGCAGGAACGAUCUCAUAGCCGUUCGCACUCGAGACCUCAUCACUCGGAUAUCAAAUCCACGGAAGAAUAUGCACUUCAUCAUCUUUUCAAUGCUUUUAUAGGCCAAGCCGAACACAAAAUCAACCAGGCUAUCAUGAGACUUGGUGAAUCCGAUGCGCCAGUUGAAGAGGUAUGCGGGCCGGGUGCAGACGCAAACUUCGAUCAAUUGAUAUCGGCUCUGGGUUACAUCGCACGGCGGAAUCCGAAGCCGUUGAUCGACACCAUCAUGUAUUGGAGGAAAGCGAUAGGCGAUGCGGCUAUUGUGGCUAAACAGGUUGCUGGUCAACCCAAGCCUCCCGCUGCUGAAAACGGUUUCCUCAUUCGCCGCAACACUGAGCCACCUCAGAUUAUCACCGAGUCAGCUACACCGUCCGACUCAAACUCCCCUCCGCGCACGCUAUUAUCUAGACACGACGAAGUCAUCAUGGCGGAGAGGCGAGCGACGGUAUCGGUUUACCUGGUUUGUAGAAUUCUGAUUGAGAUAUUUAAUCAGAGUAGCCUCGCCUCUAUCACUCUAGACAUGGUGGAUCGCCUCGAGGACAUUGUCUUUGGUCAAUUGAGGGCCGUGGAUCCGGAUCAGAUCUCAGCGUCUUCUCUCCGCAUGGCUAAUUGGAGGAUCUACUCGCAGCUGCUCGGUAUCAUGAGUGAAACCAGCUUUGCGGGCGUUGCCAACAGAUUCCUGCAGGAGCUGGAUAAAUACCAGAAGGACGAAACCCUCCGCGGCCCUUCGAAAGAAGGAGAUGCCAAGGCCGAGCUACUGAUCUUGGGGAUGAGGCACGUUCGCAUUAGGACUCAUCCUGAAAUCUGGGGCAAAUGCUGCGAUUUCAUGCUAUCGCUCGCGCGCCUGUUUGUGAACGCUCACGGACCGCGCGUUAAACAGGCAUAUUGCUACAUCCUCGAAAAGCUAUUACUCCCAGUAGCAGCAAGCUCGACUUGUGACUUCACGCUCCCUAAAUGGAAGGAGUUUGUCGACUUGGUGCAAUCUCGUCUGUCGCAGAUGCUAACCAAGCCACGCCACUGGGCUGCAGCAUUCCCCCUUCACGUGCUCUUGCUGUGCGUCUCACCUAAAGAGAACUUCUCUUCGCAAUGGCUAUCGGUGAUACAAAGUCUUCCGUCGCGGCUGAAAGAUCGUCCUACUCGGGGAUCAGCUCUUCAGGCAAUGUGCCGCCUGCUUUGGACGUUCUUUUUUCGCUACUCGGAGUCCCCAACAGCCACACUGCGCAAGGUUGAAGAGGUGGCCAGAAUUGCCCUACCACCGGGGAAAAGGACGUACCUGAGUACGGAGCCUGCUGUUUCGGACCCUCUGGUCCAGCUGGUACGGAUGAUUGGUUUUAAGCAUCCCGAUGUGUGCUUCCGCACCAUCAUCUUUCCUAUGAUCAAUUCCGAUCUCUUUCUUUCGGGCAAAGAGCUCAAAAUCGAACAAAUGGAGCCCGAGAAAAUGGUCAUUGGCAUUAGGACAUUUCUUGCGAUUAUGACCGAUUUAGAGAAUUGCGAUCAAUUGUGUCCCCCUUUCCCCACAGGAUCCAUCCCGAAUCCUUUCACCGACAUCUCUGCUCCGACUCAUUUCCAUCGGCCGCAUCUGCUCGCUGAUCCUCGACCGCCGAAUGCAUCAAAUAAUCGUGACAGUUCCUUGUCGAGACCCGUCAACACAGCAAGGCUCAGUGACAAUAUCCGGGAAUACUACCUCCGCUUCUGCGACGUUCUCGGUAAGAUAACCCUCUUGUGUGACAACACAUUCGGGGGCCAGGCGGCGCUAGACGAGAAGUUCGGCGGCACGACACCAAAGACUCCGAUCUCAGAGGCCUUCAGCUUCGGUCGACGGGACGACCACUUAACCACCCUAGAUCAAAAGCAAGGGUUCUAUGACCUACUUCAUGUUGCUGUGCAGGCGCUGCCUCGGUGCCUCUCGGACCGGAUUCCCUUCAAUUCCUUGAUCAAUCUGCUUUGCACUGGGACCGCACAUGUUCAGUCGAACAUAGCCGUUUCAUCUGCUGAAUCGCUGAAGGCCAUCGCACGUCAGUCUCACGCCCAGCAGGUCACGAUUGGCUUCGCCAGGUUCAUCUUCAAUUUUGAUGCGAGAUACUCGACUAUGUCCGACGAAGGUAUGCUAGGACCAGGUCAUAUUGAAUCUACAUUGAGGCUCUAUGUAGAGCUGCUGAGGAUCUGGAUCGAGGAGAUCAAACAAAAGUCCAAGGGCGCGGCUGCAGAAUCAAAUGACAAGACCGGUUCCGGAAGCCGAGCUCUCCAACUGGAUCUAUCUAGCGUGCUAGCCCAUGUGGAGGAAAUCGAAUCUCAUGGGUUGUUCUUCCUCUGUUCUCAGUCUCGACGAGUUCGUGCAUUUGCCAUCACGGUUCUUCGUCUGAUCACGGAGUUUGAUAGUGCUCUUGGCAAAGAGAACACUCGAAUCAUUCGCAUUCUGGAGGCCGACUCACACCGUAUCUUGGAUGUCAACAGUGAAUCUUUGACCGUGGCUGAGCUGAGCAGGAUCCAGAAGAGCAAGAGAAGGAGUGCUGCUCAAAAGGUUGUGAUCGAUAUGUGUAGCAGUGAGGUCUCGUACGACUCGACGCUAUGGUCAAAGGUGUUUCCGAACAUUAUCCGCAUAAGCUUCGAAACCUGUCCUUUUGCUGUGACGUUGGGACGUGAGAUUGUGUGUGCAAGGCUUGUCCUCAUGCACAAAGCGAUCACAUAUUAUGCUGAGGGUCCGUCACAGCAAUAUGGUCCCAUGGAAGCUGCACAGGCUCGCAUACUGGGCAGGGGCAACCUACCGGCCGAGAUUGUGAUCGAGCAAUGGAAAUUGUACCUGGUCAUGGCAUGCACCACUCUGAACAGUGUCGGCGCACAAUCACAAAGCCAGCUGGCAAACGCUCAGCAUGCGCGAAAAGGUUCGAAGGGAUCACAACAGACUCAAGAUAAGAUCAGCUCAGCUCGAAGUCUGUUCGCAUUUGUGAUUCCGCUGCUGUCAGCCGAGCGUCCUACCAUUCGAAAUGCUAUAGUGGUUGCCCUCGGAUCUAUAAACAAAAAUCUUUACCGGACUCUUCUCGAAUCACUGCAGUAUGCAGUCACCACAUGCAACGAGGAAGCUAAAAUACGGAUUGGCACGCACUAUCGCUCCCCAAGCAGUCCGCGGAGAAAUCGCAAGACGGACCGACUGCGGACGGAAGUGACGUAUGUAUACAAGCUAACUUCGCAUUUUCUACAAGAGCCCGAGGUAUACAAUGAUGACUGGAUCGUCAACAACCUCGUGACUUAUGCAAAGGAUCUCCGAAUAUUCUUGAGCGAUGCUGAAGUUCAGAAUGAUUGGGAAUUUCAAAGACUUCGAUACCACUAUUGUGGACUCAUGGAGCAACUCUUUGAGGGUGUCAAUCGAACCAGCGAUCCUUCCCGAUGGAUGCCAUUUGAAUCUAGGAAGUCUGCAUUCUCGUUGAUGGAAGAUUGGUGUGGAUACUCGCCAAAUCAGUCCCAAAUAUCGCAAAGGGAAGAGAACAUGCGGAAAUAUGCUCCUGCUCAAAAUAAUGAGUCGGGAGCUGCCAUGGAAAUUGAAAAGAGGAACCUGCGUGCGGCGGCUCUGAGUGCCAUGGCGUCCUUGUGUGCUGGACCCAUCAGCAUCACAACAGAGAGCGGUUCAGUGCUGCAGUUCGACGUAGGCCGAAUGCUGUCUUGGAUUGACAUCAUCUUCACGACCUCGAUCAGCGACAAAUGGCAUGCGAUUGGUAGACGUGCUCUCAAGAAUUUGAUCGUCCACAACAAGGAACAUACAUAUCUAUUGGAGCGGUCCAUCGAGAUGUGCUAUGUUGCGGAAAGGCCCAAAGCGCUGGAAAGUUACUUCGAAGUCGUCACUCAGGUACUCAUUGAGCACACCGACUUCCCACUCAAUUUCUGGAGGAUUUUGGGUGCUGUCCUUGUCACACUUGGGAAUCAAAAGAGGGAGAUCAGAAUGAAGUCCGCCAAGCUACUUCGCAUUCUGGAGGAGCGGCAGCAGAAAAGCUCGAGAUUGCAGGACUUCUAUAUCAGCAUUUCUGACAAGACGACCGCUGUUUACAAACUCGCCCAGUUUGAAACGUCCAAACGCCUAGCCAUGCAGCAUUCCGACCUAGCCUUUCCGCUGUUCUCCGAGCUUUCUUUGCAUUUCAAGAAUUUGAGACCAGAUAGCCAACGAAACAUGGUGGCUGCUAUCCUUCCAUGGGUCCAGACAAUGGAACUUCAGGUUGAUCCCAGCGGCGGGCCAACUGCAAAGUCCUACAUGCUUCUCGCUAAUCUUUUUGAGAUCACCAUCCGCUGCAGCACCACUCUUCCAAAUGAGGUGCAAGCCCUCUGGCAAGCCUUGGCGACCGGGCCGCAUGGAGGAAAUGUGCAAUUGGUCCUCGAUUUCAUUAUCAGUCUCUGCUUAGAGCGCAAAGAGCAAAACUUUGUUGAAUACGCCAAACAAGUAGUUGUGUUUCUAUCCGGGACACCUGCUGGCUCGAAGGUCAUCGAAUUCUUUUUGAUGCAGGUUGUUCCUAAGAACAUGGUGCAAGAGAGGAAGGAGAUCACACCAGCUCCGGCGGACAUCAAAAGUCUGCCGUAUGUUGCUGACCUUAACACGGUACUUCCGCUGGGGAACAAACAGGCCGGGCUCUCAUUGGGUCAAGUAUCCCUAGUAUUACUUGUUGAUCUCAUGGUCGCUUCCGUCACACCGGCAUUGGAAGAUGUGGUCAAGUUGCUCCAUGUUGCUCUCAUUCUAUGGGACCAUUACAUUGUUACCGUCCAGGAAGAGGCCAGGGAAAUGUUGGUUCAUCUGAUCCAUGAGUUGGUCGCCGCUAAGACAGAAGACGACGCUCCUGCUGGAACCAGAGAAUCCAUUGAGGAUUUUGUGGAGAUGAUCCGCAAGAGUGACCCCAAGGUGGUGUGGGAAUACGAAGACAAUAGCGACAAAGACGAUGGAGAUGACGGUCGUCGUGUCCCUACCUCGAUGUCUGAUGUUACACACAAAGUCGUCGGCUUCUUCAACCUUGCAUACGAAGGCAUCAAUGACUUCUGGGCAAAAGAGGCUCUGAGUUGGGCAACGUCCUGCCCGGUCCGGCAUCUAGCCUGCCGAUCUUUCCAGGUGUUCCGUUGCAUAUCCUUGUCUCUCGACUCCAGGAUGCUCGCCGAUAUGCUCGCUCGUCUAUCAAACACAAUUGCAGACGAGGAAUCAGAUUACCGCACCUUUUCAAUGGAGAUUCUGACCACUCUCAAAAUCAUCAUCGGCUCGCUGGCUCCCGCAGACCUGCUGCGGUACCCACAGCUGUUCUGGACCACGUGUGCUUGCUUGAACACAAUCCACGAAACUGAGUUUGUGGAGAGCAUUGGUAUGCUCGAGAAAUUCUUGGAUCGUCUAGACUUGAGUGAUCCCAUGGUCGUUACGGAGCUCAUCAAAGGCCAACCACCCAAGUGGGAAGGCGACUUUGGUGGUCUUCAGGACCUGAUCUAUAAAGGCUUGAAGUCCAGCGACUCUCUGAACCUGACACUGGACGUUCUACACCGUCUGAGCGGUCUCCCGAAUAAUGACCUCAUCGGAGAUAGCGACAGGCUCCUCUUCGCGAUCCUGGCAAAUCUAUCCCACUUUCUUCAUCAGUUCGAUUCAGAUGUUGAUGAUAGCAAAGCAUUGGCACGUGCUACGUUACUUGCUCGUGUUGCCGAAAGCGAAAUGUGUCCACGCAUUGCGGCUUCUUUGCUAGGAUUCGCCAACGGUCAAUACAAGGCAGAGAAUGACUUCCUAAGCCAUAUCAUCACCGAGCUGCGUUCCUAUUACUUCCCUCGACUGGAUGUGCAAAGCCUCAUUUUCCUCAUGGGCUUGCUAACGAAUACAACCAAGUGGUUCCGCCUCAAGGUUAUGAAGAUACUUUGUGUGCUGAUUCCGGAGAUUGAUAUGCGGCGAGAGGAGGUGACAAGCCACGGGCCUGAUCUUAUCUCACCUCUGCUGCGGCUCCUGCAGACUGAUCUGUGUCCUCAGGCUCUGCAAGUCAUGGAUCACAUUAUGACAGUCUCGGCCAACGCGAUGGAGCGUCACCACCUUCGAAUGAGCAUGGCUUCGUCUACCUCGUCGCGUGCCAUUCGAAAAGAAUAUGAGCGUAUUCAGAGUCUCUAUGGAAUCCCCGAACCGACCGGGUGGUCAAUCCCAAUGCCUGCUUCUCAGUCGAACAUCACCCGCCAGAAUGUUCACGCGGUAUUCUACACUUGCGCUGAAGUGGACCGCAUGGAGGUGCAGGAAACUGUCAAGCCUGACGUCGAAUUCCAUGCAGACGAAUACAAUGAUUCGUUCUUCCCUAUGCGGGCAGACACCAUGAAAUCGAUCGACACGCAAACCGACGGCAACAUGGGAGAUAUUGUGCAGAAACUAGACAGUCUGGAUGACUUCUUCGAAGAGACAGAUCCACUCCAUCCAGUCCUGGACACCAUCUCGGACCCUGCACUGCGUGGCUUUGCUGGUGCCUAUGCUGAUACGAGUGCGAAUCUUUAUGAUCAGCAGACGGCUCCAAUCCUGCGCAAAUCUCUUGCCAGGACUGCCUCCACAUCCUCUUUCCACAAUGGUCUUGCGGAGUCUCGCCCGCUGAAUUCACGCUUCGAUAGCACUGGAGUACAACCUUCGGGGACAUACACACCCCCUGGCCCUAGCCAACUUGCACGGCCGGUUUCCCACACUCGGUCCGUGACGUCUCCGGCCAAUCACCUGCCCUCGCCAUCGUCAGCCAGUGCACAGCAAUCCACGCCAGUCCUUGGCUUUAGCGAAUCUGCAUUCCAUUCGGACGACGAGACAGAAGACACGUUUGCCGAAGGCAAACCAAUUGCAUCCCAUCCUAUCAAUCAAGUACGCAGCGCUACCGAAGGCUCGUCUUCGCUUGAGUCGAUGAUUCGCAGCGGCAUGAGACGACUUACUGGCGGCACAGCCCCAAGUCGGGACAAGGAACGUCAGCGGGACUUGAUCCGCGCGCAGCAAAGGGCACAGGCAGUCAGCUCACCACGCGUACCCAAAGUCCCUUCUGAGUAUCUGAAUGGACCGACUAGCAACCCGGCAUCACCGGGACAGCAAUGAGAUACCAUGUACGCUUCUGGAUCUUGUUGAAUGCUUUCUACUGCUCGCCUUGCUCUUUUACAUGCAUCAUUGGCAAGAAUUGACUGGCGUCUCAACACGAUCAUUUUCUCUUCAGGCGUUCAACAUACCCCAUUAUCGCUAAUCCUGG